AUGAGAAAGUUGGUAUGGGCAUUGUUUUGGUGUUUAGUAUUGGGCGAUUGGUGUCUGAUAGAAACUGGUGUGUAUACAUGCAUCGACUCGACGACUAAAGAUUCGUGUUUUAAUACUGUAAAUUUCCAAAAUAAUACAUUUUUCUUAAUGAGCAAUUCUGAAGUUACAGUUAAAUGUAAUCACUCUAAAAACGUUACAAUUUAUACAUCAACGAUGUUAAGAAAGUUGAAUUAUGAUAUGGUUUUUUCCAUGUUAUAUUUCCCUGAAAUACAAACUAAAUUUGAAAACAUUUCCCAUUCAACUUUUAUAUUUAGAAAUGGACAAAUACUUUCAAUUAUCGAUAAUAACCAACCUGCAAAAUGGUCGCAAAAAACCGAAGCUUUAAUUUGCUCAGGUUUGUCCAUUGAAAUAUGUUUGGAGUGUCUUGGCACAAGUCAGAAUUGUGGUAAAUGUCCGAUUGGGUAUGGGUUAAUUCGCAACACAGACUCAAAAAUUACAUGUGUUAGAUGUGAUUCAGAAAAUGUUGACUGGGUGUGUGGUGGAUGUAAUUCAAAUUAUUUAAAAGACGAAACACAUUGUUGCUCCUCACGCUGCGCUUCCGAAACUUGUGUGAUUGCAAAUACAAAUUCAACUGCAAUUUGUACUAAAUGUAUUUUUGGAUAUUAUCUUUCUUCGGGAGAGUGUAUUUCUUGUGAAACAUUUACUCAUUGUCUUUCAUGUUCUCAAACAGAGAGCAAAUGUAUUAAAUGUAAUUCAAAUUACUUUUUAAACGCAGAUGGAAAUUGUCAAAAGUGUGACUCAACAUGUGGAAAUUCUUGUGAUGGAACAAGUGGAUAUUGUACAAGUUGUAUUGAAGGAUAUGUCAAAAGUCUUUCAAAUCCCAGUAAAUGUAUUAAUUGUACCACAUUUAAUUCACAUUGUUCAAAGUGUUUGACUUAUGACAGAGAGUGUAUCGAAUGUCAAACUGGUUAUUAUCCAUCAUCAAAAUUGUGUACGCCGUGCUCCUCAACAUGUAAAACAUGUGACACCAAAACGGGAAUGUGUACAGUUUGCAUCGAAGGCUAUACACAAUUUUCAACAUCAAAUAAUAAUUGUGAAGAUUGCAAACUGUUUGAUUCUUCGUGUACAACGUGUUCGACAACAACAAGAAAAUGUUUGUCGUGCAAUAAGGGGAAAUAUCCUUCGAGUGUAUAUCCUUAUAACUGUCUUUAUUGUAGUGCGUCUUGUGGUGGAAAUUGUAAUAACCAAGGAUUUUGUUUAUCAUGUAACACAAAUUAUGUUUUUCGUGUCACUUUUUCAUCGACAUGUGAGGAGUGUUCUUCUUUUGAUUCAAAUUGCAUAACAUGUUCUCCAACUUGGGAAAGAAUAUGUAUUGAGUGUAAAACAGGAUUCUAUCCAAAUACAUCAACUGGACUGUGUGUCAAAUGUUCGGACACGUGUUCUGAUAAAUGUUCAACAACAAAUGGAACUUGUAUUUCAUGUUUAAUGGGUUAUGUUUUAUAUGAAGUGGCAUCAAAAACAUGCCAACCGUGUUUAGACUUUGAUUCUAAUUGUAUAACUUGCGCAAGUAAUUCAACAAGAAUUUGUUUGAAAUGUAAUGACGGUAACUUCCCGGACCAAUUUGGCAAAUGUACUCGUUGUGAUACAACUUGUGGAGGAAAAUGUAACAAUAUGUUGGGGUAUUGCACUGGAUGUGAAAGUGGUUAUGUUUUGAAUUCCACCAAUUCAACUUCGUGUAUCCCAUGUAAGUCAUUUGAUAUCAAAUGUCAAAAAUGUGCAGAUAAUGGGGAAAGAAAGUGCAUCAAUUGUGAAAAUGGUAUGUAUCCAGGAAACACAAAAAUGUGCAUUCCUUGUGAUGAGACAUGUAAUUCUUGUAAUGCUUCAAAUGGUGUUUGUGCAUCAUGUGCUUCUGGAUAUGUUUAUAACAACCCGCCAUCACAGAGAUGUGAAAGUUGUUCCUCGUUUGAUUUUCAUUGUAAAACAUGUAUGAGUGAUUCAUCAAGGAAAUGCAGUGAAUGCAAUUCGAAUUAUUACCCAAAGACGACAGGGGAUUACAAGUGCCAGACAUGCAGUCCAACAUGUGGCGGAAAGUGUGAUGGAGUAAGUGGGCAAUGCACUGGAUGUUCGAUGAAUUAUGUGUUUUCAAACACAGACAAAAUGACAUGUGACACAUGCAGCUCGUUUGAUUCAAACUGUGUGACGUGUGCAACCAACUAUUCAAGAAUGUGCACAAAAUGCACAACAGCAAAAUAUCCGGAUGAAACGUCACACACAUGCAUUGACUGCAGCACAACUUGCAACAACAAAUGCAACACAUCAAAUGGAAUGUGUGAGGGAUGUCAAUACAACUUUGUCUUCACUGAACCAAAAUCAAAUGUGUGUGUUUCUUGCAUUUCUUUUGAUACUAACUGCUCACUUUGUGAUACUAACUACUCAAGAAAAUGUAUCCAAUGCAACAUCGGGUUCUAUCCAAACGCUUCUGGCAUUUGUGUACAUUGUCACAAUACAUGUCAAAUAUGUAACCCAUCAAAUGGUUAUUGUUCCAAGUGUAUAAAUGGGCUCAUUCAAAUUGAUUCCACUUCUUUGAAUUGCCAAACAUGUAACGAGUUUGAUUCUUUUUGUGAGACGUGUGACUCCAACAAAAAUGGCUGUGUUUCGUGUCAAGAUGGUAAGUAUCCCGGAAGUAAUGGUAAAUGUACAUUAUGCAGUGACACAUGCAACUCGAUAUGUAAUAAAACAAAUGGAAUUUGCAUGUCUUGUAAAUCACAGUAUGUAUUUGAUUCUCCAAAGUCCACAAAGUGUGUUUCAUGUACUACGUUUGAUCAAUAUUGUGCAAAAUGUCCUACUACCUUCGAUAGAAAAUGUCUUCAAUGUUCUUCUGGUAAAUAUCCCAAUCCAACAACAUGUCAGUCAUGUGAUUUGACUUGCGGUGGUAAUUGUGAUGGAACAACUGGAUUUUGUACUUCAUGUAUUUUAAAUUAUGUGUUCGAUACUACAAGUUCACUUCGUUGUAUUCCGUGUAACGCUUUUGAUCCAAAUUGUGCUGUGUGUUCCCCUACUUUCGAUAGGAAAUGUAUUCAAUGUGAUCGAGGAUAUUACAUUAUCAACGGGGUGUGUGUAAAAUGUGACUCAACUUGUGGCAAUUAUUGUGACACAAACACUGGUAUAUGCACCAAUUGUAUAAGUGGGUAUGUUUUUACUUCAACGCCAUCUACUCAUUGUGAACCAUGUUCAGAGUUUGAUCUAAAAUGCACCAAAUGUGCUUCCCAAGGUAUCAGAAAAUGUGAAUUGUGUAUAGACAAAUCAUAUGCAAACCCAAAUGCACCAUAUAAUUGUAUAAAAUGUAGUGAAUCUUGUACCAAUUGUAAUGGAGCCAAUGGGGAAUGUACCAGUUGUAUUGAAAAUGAAGUUAAGAAUGGGUCCAAUUGUAUAAAAUGUACUGAUUAUGAUAAUAAUUGUAGAACAUGUUCGCCCGAUUCUUCCCAAAAGUGUAUAUUUUGCAACCAAAAUUAUUACCCCAAAACAAAUGGCGAUUUUAGAUGCCAAACGUGUAAUACUACUUGUGGAGGAAAAUGUGAAGGAAAUACUGGGUAUUGCACAGGAUGUGAAAUAAAUUACGUUCUUACUUCAACUAAAUCUUUAUAUUGUGAUAAUUGCAAAACAUUUGAUAUUAAUUGUAAAACUUGUUCACAUGAUUUUUCAAGAAAAUGUACAACAUGUGAAAUGGGAUAUUAUCCAAACGACAACUUUAAAUGUCAAAAAUGUGAUUCUUCAUGUGAAAACAAAUGUAAUACAGAAACGGGAUAUUGCAAGAGUUGUUCUAACAACUUUGUAAUGUAUAACCCGCCAUCACAGAGAUGUGAAAGUUGUUCCUCGUUUGAUUUUCAUUGUAAAACAUGUAUGAGUGAUUCAUCAAGGAAAUGCAGUGAAUGCAAUUCGAAUUAUUACCCAAAGACGACAGGGGAUUACAAGUGCCAGACAUGCAGUCCAACAUGUGGCGGAAAGUGUGAUGGAGUAAGUGGGCAAUGCACUGGAUGUUCGAUGAAUUAUGUGUUUUCAAACACAGACAAAAUGACAUGUGACACAUGCAGCUCGUUUGAUUCAAACUGUGUGACGUGUGCAACCAACUAUUCAAGAAUGUGCACAAAAUGCACAACAGCAAAAUAUCCGGAUGAAACGUCACACACAUGCAUUGACUGCAGCACAACUUGCAACAACAAAUGCAACACAUCAAAUGGAAUGUGUGAGGGAUGUCAAUACAACUUUGUCUUCACUGAACCAAAAUCAAAUGUGUGUGUUUCUUGCAUUUCUUUUGAUACAAACUGCUUCACCUGUUCGCCAGACUUUUCAAGAAAAUGCAUCCAAUGCAACAUCGGGUUCUAUCCAAACGCCUCCGGUAUUUGCGUCAAUUGUAAUACCAUCAAAAAUUGUAAAUCAUGCGUUCCCACAGAACAACAGUGUUUAGAGUGUAAUGACCCUUUUAUUUUGUCGAAUGGAAAAUGUUCUUUAUGUGAAGAUGGCUAUUUUAAAGACAGUCAGACUACAUGCCAGAAGUGUUUAAAUUUAAAACCAAAUUGUAAAAAAUGUUCGACUGUUCGAGUAGGUAUUGCUCAUUGUGAUGUCUGUUUUCCUCCAUUUUCUCCGCAAAAUGGCGAUUGUGUCAGUUGCAAAGAAGAAGAAUAUUAUGAUGGAAACAAUUGCACUUUAAAUGAUAAAAAUUGCAUGUCACAACUCACAACAACUCAAUGUCUUCUCUGUGACAAUUUGCACUUUUUAAGUGAUUUCAAGUGCAUUUCACUUGACGAGUGCAACAAUCCAACAAAAACCUCAUGUGAUUGUUCUGAUGUUAUUUCCAUUAACUCGAAUUGUGAAAUAAAGUCUGGCACUUGCAAAUACUUAAAAAUUAACAAAGGAAACACCGAAUGCAUCAUGUGUAAUGAUAACAUGCAGAUUAUUAACAGUACAUGUUUAGUGGAAAAGAAUGAUAAUGUGUAUAUCAGGAAUAACGCUUAUUUCAUCUGUCCAAGUGGAUAUUACACAACUGAUCAGCAAAAUUGUAGCAAAUGCUAUUCAGGUGCACAAGUAUGCGUGCACUUGAAUGACAAAUUGGUUGCGUUAAAGUGUGACAAUACGAUGUCACUUAAUUAUGAAACCACUAAGUGUGUUGUUGACACAAAGUGUUUGUUUUACAUCAACGGGCAGUGUGUGACUUGCUCAUCUUUAACUAAUAUGGAAAUUACAUCAGGGUUUUGUCAAUCAUGUAAAGUCUCACAUUGUAAGAAAUGUCGUGGUGGAAUAUGUUUUGAAUGUGAUGAAAAUUAUUUGUUAUAUGAUAGCACCCGUUGUGUCGAAAAGUCGACUUUAAACUGUGCCAGAACAAACCGCCAAGGGUGCCUCCAAUGCAAUGAAAGAUAUCACCAAAACGACACCAAGAACUCAGAGAAUAAGAUGAUGUUUUGUUCUCUCAAUUUGGAGUUCAAAAAUUGGUGUAAGUAUUAUGCCCCAAGUACUGAUUUAUGUUUUGAAUGCGACAACUCGUAUUUUUUACUAAAUUAUUCAUGUCAAGAAGUAAAUGAAAACACUUAUCUUCCAAUCAAACAAUUUGCUUCGAGCAAUUAUAAAUAUGCAAGUAACUUCGUGGCUUUAAAACAAGAAGAACUAAAUGUAACAGAAGAUGAAAAGUGUGAAUUGUAUUCAAACAAAGGGUGUGCAAGGUGUAAAGAAGGGUAUUACUUCAAUAACUCAAGUUGUUUACAAUGUAGUAACACUUCAAUACACUGUUACAACACCACUUACUCUUUGAAAUGUCCAGAUGGUUCUUUCAUUGAUUCAAGUUAUGUCUGCAAAGACUUAGGAAACUUAAAAGACAAAUGCAAAAUAGCACUUCCGAGUGGUGGGGGAUGUGCAAUAUGCAAAACGGGAUUUUACAAAGUUUCAAAAGACUGUUUACCAUGUGACAGUACAUGUGAAACUUGUCUGAGUUCAAAAGAAUGUGUCACAUGUAAAAGUGAUCACUUUAAGAUCAUUGAGGAAUCCAAGUUAUGUCAGCCAUAUAACAACAUGACUGACUGCGAAGAGAUCACUGAAGAUGGCUGUGAAGUGUGUUCACCCGGUUUUUAUUCAAACGUUCAUCGGUGUUCCCUAUGUCCUGAAUCAUGUACUUUAUGUAAGUCAAAUACACUAUGCACUUGGUGCCUUGAUUCUUAUGUUUUAAAAGAUGGUCGUUGUGUAAUAUAUACAUCUAUUGAACUUUGUGAAGCAGCGGCUAACAACUCUUGCACGAAGUGCAGCGGAUGGAAUCGACCUUCUGAUGAUGGUAUAUCAUGUGUUUUUCAAACGAAUUAUGGAGUUGUUAUUGGUGUCCCUGCUGCAUUUUUUGUGGUGUUGUUUAUAGUAAUUGGUUGUGUAAUCUUUUCAGUAUAUUUGUGGAUACAAGCAAUUCAGUACCGCACCAAAAUCCGAGACAUUUGCAUUUUCGAUAUGAAGCGGUCCAAUGUGAAUAUGAUCAAUUUGACGGACAUCAUUUGCACAAACAAGCGAGUGAUUACCUUUGAUCUCGACGGCCAAUCGAUGAUACCCGUUGAUGAAGAAACGCGGGACAUUGUCUGUAUAGGCAAUCGUUCUCAACGGCGCUUAAAAGUGCAAUUUUCUGUAGUUGAGGGGUGUGACAAUUACACAAUUCGUACGAUUCCUCCAUUGAUCACACUUAGUAAAGGAGAGGCGUGUGAGUUUGAAAUUUACAUCACACCCUUGUGUUGUUGCAACAUCAAAGAUGGUAUACUAGUCAUUGGUCUUGAUAUUUCAAAAGGUGUGCAAUAUACAGAAAAGAUUCAAAUUGAGACCCAAACAAUGAGUUCAUACAAAUUGGACUACAAUGAGUUAAUCGAAGAACAGAAGUUAGGGGAGGGGUCCUUUGGUAUAGUAUAUUUGGGGGAGUAUCGUGGCAACAAAGUCGCCAUUAAAAAGAUGAAAGAAGCACAAGUAAGUGAAGAAGCAACAAAAGAAUUUAGUAAAGAGGUGAUGAUGCUGAAUAAAUUUCGAUGUGACUAUAUCAUUCACUUCUAUGGGGCUGUAUUUAAAGCGAAUCGGAUAUCUUUAGUCACUGAAUACGCACAAUUUGGGAGCUUACAAUCAAUUAUGGUUAAUAUGCCGACUAACCCAAUACGUCUUAAAAUACGAAUUAAGUUAAUGUUAGACGCAGCAAGAGGAAUGCAAUACCUUCACGAAAACAAUAUAUUACACAGAGACAUCAAACCGGACAACAUUUUGAUUGUUUCAAUGGAUGAUAACGUGCUUGUCAAUGGAAAAUUGACGGAUUUUGGGUCGAGUAGGAACAUCAAUAUGUUGAUGACUAAUAUGACGUUCACAAAGAGUGUUGGCACCCCCGUCUAUAUGGCCCCAGAAGUCUUGAAACGCGAAAAAUACAAGAAAGAAGCGGAUGUCUACUCAUUUGGUAUUACUAUGUAUGAAUGCUUUAUGUGGAAAGAGGCAUACCCAAAAUCUAUUUUUAAAUUUCCAUGGAUGAUUGCUGAACAGGUAAUUAAUGGAAAACGUCCUGUGUUUCCUAACUGCUCGAACGACUCGGUUUUGAACAAUACUAUACAAGAGGCUUGGAAAUCUUCCCCAAAAAGUCGGAUUUCUGUUGAAUGCCUUGUAUCAUCUUUACAAGAACAACUAGCAAAUUUAAAUUAG